CAAUCAGAUGUAAAUCUUGAUUAAUUAACAGAAAGAUCCAAGAUUUCCCCCCACUGCCCUAUUUCCAUGCUUCUAACAAGGGAUACACACCCACAUACUUUGUAGCCACAUAUCAGGAGAAUCUUUCAUCAAAGAUAAAACCCUUUACUACUGCUUAUUCUUCUUGUUCUUCUUUUCGCUAGCUCGUUACUGGUUCGUCUCGAUCAAGAACUCAUCGGAAGAAGACGUAGAGAUGGUCAAAGACGAUCAUCAUCAGUUGGUUGUUCACGGGUUUCUUUUCUGGGUUUCGAUGGGUUUCUUGAUUCCUAUUGGGAUCUUGACCAUCAGAUUGUCGAAUAGAGAAGAACGUGGAAGAAGGGUCCGAAUCAUAUUCUUUAUCCAUGUUGUUACUCAGGUGCUAUCGGUAAUUCUUGUAACAGCGGGAGCGGUAUUGUCUUUAAAGAAUUUCAGCAACGCUUUCAACAACACGCAUAGGAGAAUCGGGGUAGCACUUUACGGCCUUGUAUUCUUGCAAGCGAUUAGUGGGCUUCUACGUCCAGAAAGGGGGGCUAAGAGACGAAAUAUAUGGUUUUUCGCACAUUGGGUACUAGGAACCAUCGUUUCCGUUAUGGGAAUCAUCAAUAUAUACACCGGGCUACAAGCAUACCAAAGGAGAACAUCAAGAAGUAUAAAAUCUUGGGUCGUAUUUUUCACAGCCGAAAUCGUAUGCAUCGGGUUCUUGUAUUUAUUUCAAGAGAAGUGGGAGUACAUACAAAAGCAAGGUGUAGUUCGGGGGAAUGAGCCUACGACGACAAUACAACCAACGAAUAACCGAGAGAUUUUGACCAAACAGAAUAAAGAUUCAUGUUGAUCGGAAGCAAGACUGUGUACAUCUUAUCUUUCUCAAUCUGCAAUUACUACGUCGAGUUGUUCAAAUGCCUUCAAACCAAUCAAACAGAAUAAAGAUUCGUGAGAUUUACUGGUUUCUUUUGGAUUUGUUUUUAUUAACCCAUUGAAUGUGGGGUGGUAUCCUAACUAUUUGAUGAUAGUUGCAAAGGUUUUGCUUGUUUGAUAUUUUCUUGUCAUUUUCAAAGCAAUUUCCUACUUAUGAUUUGAAAUUGAAAUUUUU